CACUCUAACCGGUAUAAAGGACACUAACCUGAACCGUCUCUAGUAAAACGGGGACUUGAAGAGAACGUGAAGAGAAUUUGAACUUAACCUUAAAAGCAGCUUGAAGUCAUCUGAAGAAUGUUUGGCCACACUACUGGUGUAACUGUUAGCCUCCUUGUGGCUCUGUGUUCGCUUGCAGUCUAUACCUACGGCCAGAAUGAGCCUGAAGUAAACACCAAUCUUCUGAGACAGAUCCUUCAGGAAGAUGUGGACCUACUUAGUGAGUUAGAUCAAUUCACUGAUGACAAGGAAGACACUGAGUCCGACGAUUGGCUGCCAGGCGGUCCUCCAGAGGACAACGAAAGUGCCGUACAAAAGCGUCUUUUUGGACACGGAACGAAACAUGCGCAGAGAAAACGUUUCCUUUCACCUAGUACAGCUAAACUCCUUAAAAAAUUACAGUCUAGGAGACCUCGACAAAAUAAACGACUAUUUUGUAAUUUUGGUGGGUGUUGAAAGCGCAACGUACCAUUAGAACCCCGUUUUCUCUUUGUCCGUUGAACAUGAGUGCAUCAAGAGAACAAAAAUUUCCAGCAGUGAUUCGAUGAAAUCUCAACCUUGUCCCAUUGAUAUCAUCAAGGACAUUCUUCAUUUUAAUCUAUUAGAGUGCUUGAUCUAAUUGUAUUUUCACAUUACCUUUUCUUCAUAAAAAACGUAACCAAAAUACCAUUGUUCUGAUAUAUGUUCAACAUAACACUACAGAUACUGCUCACUGUCUAGACCACAGUUGUUUUGAUAUUAAGGAAUAUCCAACCACAUUUGUUUUCGGCAUUAUGUUUUUUUUUUUGUUUUAUUCAUGCAAGUAUAUAGACACUUUAGCAAAAAGAAUAUGAAAUAAAACUUCAUAUGGCGAGUAUCUCUAAAUGUUACAAUUUUAUGAAGUAUAAUCACAGUGUCAAAAUUAUAUAUCACCUUAAAGGAAAUAAAAACUUUCUCUUAAUUCGUUGUACGUGCAAUUGAUAUUUUUUAUAAAUGAUAUUUUUAAUAAGCAAUCCGUGUUAUCUCAUCCGUUUAUGUGAUUUGUA